CACAAUCCCACUUUCCAAGCCAUGGGCGAAAAAGUUGGAUAUGUUGAUAUUCCAGACGUCCAACCGUAAUCUCCGCCCCUCCAACCGAGCGCGAUAUCACGACUCCCGAUACCUCGUCCGCACUUUUUUCUUUUUCCUUACCCACAGAGGUCCCCGCCCACACCCUCCUAGCAGACGAGAGAAAACAACAUCGCAAACAUGGCGGACGUUAUCAAGGAUGUCCCCAUCACCUCGGUGGUCGUCGAGGCCCUAGUGGUGAUGAAGAUCGUCAAGCAUGGCUCGUCCAACUUCCCCACCAUCGCGACCGGGUCCAUCGUCGGCAUGGACCGCAACGGCGUCCUCGAAAUCACAAACUCCUUCCACUUCCCCACGGUCGAGACCUCGGCCGACUCCUCCUCCUCCCACCAGAACGACGCCUCGGCCCUGGCCGUCGCCGCGCCGAGGCAAAAGGCCAACAUCGCCUACCAAAACGAGAUGAUCAGGCACCUGAAGGAGGUCAACGUCGACGCGAACAACGUCGGCUGGUACACCAGCGCCACCAUGGGCAACUUUGUCAACCUCGGCUUCAUCGAGAACCAGUACCACUACCAGAAGGACAACGAGAAAACCGUUGCCGUCGUCCAUGACGUCAGCCGCACCUCGCAGGGUUCUCUGAGCCUUCGUGCUUUCAAGCUGACGCCGGCGUUUAUGGCUGCCUAUAAGGAGGGCAAGUUUACGACGGAGAGCUUGCAGAAAUCCAAACUCACUUUCAGGGACAUCCUCCAAGAAUUCCCCGUCACCGUCCACAACACGCACCUCCUCACCACCUUCCUGCACCAGCUCCCGCAGGCCCCGCAGCCCGACACGCUGGAGCCACCAACAUCCAUCUCGGAGCUCAAGGACGACCCGUCCCGGCAGCCGCUGUACCCGUCGGUGGACAACCUGGACCUGUCGAUCGACCCGUUCCUGGAGAAGACGUGCGACCUGCUCCUCGACAGCAUCGACGCGCACUACAACGAGGUGAACAACUACCAGUUCUACCAGCGGCAGCUGGGCCGCGAGCAGGCCAAGAUCUCGCAGUGGCAGGCCAAGCGCAAGGCCGAGAACGCGCAGCGGACGCUGGCCAAGCAGCAGCUGCUCCCCGAGGACGAGUGGCAGCGGCUGUUCAAGCUGCCGCAGGAGCCGAGCCGGCUGGAGGGCAUGCUCAACGCUAAGCAGGUCGAGCAGUACAGCAAGCAGGUGGACGGGUUCACGGCCAAUAUCAGCGCCAAGAUGUUUGCCGUGCGGGAGAACUUGCUUCCCAAGCACGCGUAGAGGGGGCGGCGCUUCGAAUUUGGGUUUCCCCCGGCGAAGCGAAUGAAUUAAGGCUUUAAAAGGGGACAAAAAGCACAAGGUUUACGCAACGAGGAGGCUGGGAGAAUCAAAAGGACAGGGACAGCUGGGCUGAUGACCGAACAACGACUUAUCGGGGAAAUAGGGCGGCACAUAGACGUGAAGGUCCUCGGAUGUCGGUCUGGGUCAGGGAUGGUUGAUCUGGAUCUGGGGAGCGGAUCAUUUCAGCAUUUCUACAUGGCGUUUUACGGGGCUGCCCGCUCUCUGUGUGUCUCUUACAUAGGUAUGACGGGCAGUGCAGAUAAUCGACAUCUCAAUGACCUGGGGUGUUGAUGAUCUCUCUGGUAAGAAUUAUCGGCAGCAAUUUUUCACGAAAACUUAGGUCGGACCUGUGUUGUAAAGUGACAAGUUGGGAUUUGACAGCGCCUUUGUCGUGACGGGACCCGUCUCAUCCCACCAUCCCACCAUCCCAUCACGGAUU